CCAACAACAAGAAGCUAACAGGCACUCAGGAUGGCCGCUACUGCCUCUGCUCCCUCUACCAAUGGCACGCCCCUGGGCAAUGUCGCCAUUCACUCAAACGCUCUCAACAAGAUCGUCAAUGUUCCCCUUGUCCACGGGCCGCUCAGCUUCGCCUACUCGACUAUCGAGGCACACCCGCUCAUUUCCCGCCCCUACCACCUGGGCGAGGACAUCCUGAACCAGUCGAUCAAGAUGGCCGAGCCAAUCACCUCUCGCCUCAACGGCCAGCUCACCUUCAUCGACACGCAAGCAGUCAAGGCCCUCGAGUUUGCCGAGUCCAAGUGGUCCUACCCUUUCAAGGCGACGCCCACCGACGUGGCCAACCUGCCCCGCUCCGUCAUCAACGCCUACGUGGACGCCCUUCAGAAGGCGUGGGACGCUCGUGUCGCUCCUCAGGUGAACCAGGCGCACGCCAAGUUCGAGGAGCUCAAGACUCAGAACCCCCUCGUUGCGCGUGCAGCUGACGCCGUUCAGCAAUUGCAAGCCAACCUCACUCAGACGAUCCAGUCUCUCAAGAACACCAACGCCCCCAAUGGCGAGAAGGCCACGCAACAAGCGCAGAACAUCGUCUCUUCCUUCCUUGCUGAGCUCGAGAAGGUGCGCGGCUUCGCUGCUACCCUCCCCGUUGACGCCCGCAAACGCUUCGAGCCCGUCGUCGAGUCGAUCAACACUACGUAUGGUCACUUGAACAAGGAGGUGCGCGAGGGCAAGGGUCCGCUCGUACCCCGCCUCCAGAAGGUCCUCGAGUACGUGCAGAGGGAGGCCAUCCCUGACCUGCGCAAGGCGGUCAUGACUGGUGUCCACCAGCCUGCGCCCACCCCGGCCACCACGACCAACGGUGCACACUAAGCAAGCGACGCGAAAAGACGUGGCGACGAGUGUCGAGUCAAGGGCUGCAUCUGCUUGGCCCGUUAUACCAUGAACCUCCCUCGUCGCCGCCUACCAUUU